GAAAGAGCCGUCCUGUGCCGGGAAGGCGGCCGGAGCUUGAGCCGGAGCUCCGAGCUGGUGGUCCCUGAACAACCUCCCAGCAGGGAGAAGCCCUUCAGGUGCUUGGAAUGUGGGAAGAGCUUCAGGAAGAGCACCCAGCUCCUCAGCCACCAGCACAUCCACACUGGGGAACGGCCCUACUCGUGUAGGGAAUGUGGGAAGAGCUUCAACCAGAGCUCCACCCUGAUCGCCCACCAGCGCAUCCACACUGGGGAACGACCCUACUCGUGUGGGGAAUGUGGGAAGAGCUUCGGGGACAACUCCCGCCUGAUCCAACACAAGCGUACCCACACUGGGGAAAGACCCUUCAAGUGUGAGGAAUGUGGGAAGAGCUUCAGGUACAACUCCAACCUCCGCAACCACCAGGUCAUCCACUCUGGGGAACGGCCCUACAUAUGUGGGGAAUGUGGGAAGAGCUUCGGGGACAACUCCAGCCUGAUCAGACACCAGCACAUCCACACUGGGGAGAGGCCCUACACAUGUAGGGAAUGUGGGAAGAGCUUCAGGGAGAGCUCCAACCUGAUCCGACACCAGAAAAUCCACACUGGGGCACGGCCGUACAAGUGCUUGCAAUGUGGGAAGAGGUUUCAGACCAGCGGGAAUCUCCUCCUGCAUGAGCGGAUACACACAGGGGAGAGGCCCUUCCGCUGCACCGACUGCGGGAAGAGCUUCAAACAGAACUCCACCCUCGUCACCCACUGGCGCAUCCACACCGGGGAGAGGCCCUACAAGUGUGGGGAGUGUGGGAAGAGCUUCAGCGACAGGUCUACCUUGACCAGACACCAUCGGACCCACCAGUAAGGGAAGCCCUACAAGUGCCCUGACUGCAGGAAGGGCUUUGGCCGCUGCUCCCACCCCGAAUGACCCCCCUGAUGGUGAGGCAACCCCUGGAGUCCAGUGACUGUCAGUCCAUCCCUUUCUACCAG